AUGGGCGCCGAGGCGACUCUAGAGGCGCAGAUGAGGGAGUUUGGGCUCGAAGAGCAAGAUGGGAAGACGAAGGGCUACGGCGGAUUUCGGUGGGACUCGCCAGAGCAGCUGGCCGCGGUCAAAGCGCACAGGAAGCUCGCGUGGGACUGGGCGACCUCCAUGGGCCUGUCCGUCUUCAAGCAGGGCCUGAACCUGACGAAGGUGUCGAUGCCGGUGGCGUUUUUCGAGGACCGGAGUUUCCUGGAGCGCAUGGCGGAGAACUGGGCCUACCUGGACCUGCUCAAGGCCGCGGCGCGGGAGAAGGACCCCGUGGAGCGCAUGCGCUGCGUGGUAGCGUUCGCGAUCGCCGGCCUGGUGCGGCAGUGCUCCCACGGGAAGCCCUUCAACCCGCUGCUGGGCGAAACGCUGCAGGCCGAGCUGGACGGCGUGCAGCUGUUCGCGGAGCAGAUCAGCCACCACCCGCCGAUCUCGAGCUGGCAGAUGUUCGACAAGGACGGGCUGUUCCGAUUCCAGGGACACGGGGAGUGGCGGGCGAAGACCUACGCGAACAGCGUCGAGGGGGUGCAGAAGGGCGUGAACCGCGUGACGUUCAAGGUGGACGGGAGCUCGAUCGAGUGGGAGCUGCCAGGCAUGACGCUGUACGGAAUCAUCAUGGGGGACCGUUACAUGAAGUACCAGGGUACUAUGACCUUCCGGGAUCAGCAGAACGGCCUCCAGGCCGACAUCGAAAUAGACCCCCCACGCGAGGGAGGCCUCCUGGGCGCCGCCAGCCGCUGGUGGUCAGGUGCGCGCCUCGCCCCGAAGCAGGCCCCCCUCCGGCCCGCCGCCGCAUCAGGCGGACGGCCCUUGACAGGCUGA